UAUCUUUAUUAAAUGUUAAACUUUGUUUAACGUUACAUAUAUAUAACCCUAAGUGUAAGAUGAUUCCUAAAUCUACACAGCAACAAGAUGUUGAAGAUCCUGUUGAAGAAAUGUUAAAAAAGACUGGUUGUAUGGAACUUCAUUAUCAAGUUCAAGAGUGUAUAGCAGAAACUCAAGAUUGGAGGAUGUGUCAAGAACAAGUAAAAAGAUUUAGAGUGUGUAUGGAUAAAUAUAAAAAAAACAGAGAGGAAUCAUAG